CAUGGGGACUGAUGGGUUUUGGCACAUUUAAUGCUCCCACUACCAGUACAUGCUUCCAAACCUCAUAUUCUAUCAUGUUAAUAAUUCAUGGAGUAAUCUAAGUUUUGGUUAAGUAGCAUGGUCUGUACAGAAUUGCUCUUGACAUCUGGAGAGAAAAUGCGUGUGCUUCUGCUGGCCGCACUGCUGGGGACGGCAGUUCUAUUUCCUCCAGUGGAAUCCUCCUCCAUUGGACGGAUCAUAGGGGGAGAAGAAUGUGUUCCGCACUCUCAGCCAUGGCAGGUGGCUCUGUAUUACUUUGAUAGGUUUAUCUGUGGCGGGAUCCUUAUAAAUGAGAAUUGGAUACUGACGGCAGCGCACUGCAAAUUGUCGAAUAUUCAGAUAUGCCUGGGGGAUCACAAUCGCGCGGCCUAUGAAGAAACCGAACAGUGGCGACAUGCCGUUAAGAUGUGUAACCACACCGGCUAUAACAGCAGCACCUACAACAAUGAUAUUAUGCUCCUGAAAAUGAAUUCACCAGUCGAGAUUAAUGACUACGUAAAACCGAUCGUCUUACCCACUGAGCCAGUGCCGGACAACAUCAUUUGUAACAUUUCGGGAUGGGGAUCCACCGUUUCUCCAGGAGAGACAUAUUCGGAUCUCCUCAUGUGCCUGAACGUCACCACGGUGCCUGCAAGUGACUGCCGGGGAUUUUAUGAAAAUGAUUUAAUAACCGACAACAUGCUGUGUGCGGGAAACCUUGAAGGCGGAGAAGACUCUUGUCAGGGUGACUCCGGAGGCCCCCUGUUUUGCGACUUAAUCUUACAAGGAAUCACAUCUUGGGGAGACCCUAUAUGUGGACAGCCAAACAAGCCGGGAAUCUACACCAAAGUGUUUAAUUACAUCAACUGGAUUAAAGAUAUCAUCCAGAACGAGCCCCCGGAGAUCUGCCUGGAAGUAUCUCGCUAGUAUGGAAGGCUAUUAAGAGGAGUUUUUCUGAUAAUAGCUUGCAAAGUCUAUUGGGAAAAAAAACCCUCAUAAAACAUUUUAUCUUCGGUCCUUGUGUGGUAAACUACCAAAUGAAAAUUGCUAUAAAUAAAUAAAAUAGUUAU